AUUGGUUUGUUUUGCUUGCGUAAAUUGUAUUUUGUUUGUGCCGUGCGCUAAAUAUAGAAAUAGGUGCCGCAAAAACAUUCAAAUUUUGAAUUGGACAGACACACAUAUUCGAAAUAUGCAAUAUUAUUAAGCAACUAGCAGGUGUGUGUGCCCAUUUCCCAUUUCGUUAUUAGUUAUCCGCUGUUCGCAAUGGAAUCGAUAACGUCAAUGACAACGCCAUCAUCAUCUUCGUCAUCGUUAUCCAAAUCCAAAUCCUCAACGAUGAUCAUAAAGCGCGGCACUCGUAUUCUCACCGAAAAACCCUUUACCUACGUGCUCAAGUCCAAAUAUCGCUUGGAGCGCUGCGACAAUUGUCUGGAGGCGAUUCAAAAAGUGUUGAAGUGCUCAAAUUGCCGUUAUGUGACCUAUUGCAAUCGGGAGUGCCAGCAAAAGGCGUGGUCACUCCACAAACACGAGUGUCCGUUCCUAAAGCGCAUCCAGCCCCGAAUUGUGCCCGAUGCGGCGCGAAUGCUCUGCCGGCUUAUACUGCGUCUGGAGCAUGGCGGGGAUUUGGAGCGCGGUUAUUACACAGAGCACGGUUCGCGCAAGUUUCGUGAUUUAAUGUCGCAUUAUGCGGAGAUUAAAAAUGAUCCGAAACGCUUGGAGCACUUGGAGUCGCUGCAUGCUGUGCUUACGGACAUGAUGUCGGUUAGUGGCAGCAGCAGCACAGUGCCCAACAAAACUGAACUGAUGAGCAUUUAUGGACGCCUCAUUACGAAUGGUUUCAAUGUACUGGAUGCGGAGAUGAAUUCGAUAGCCACGGCCAUUUAUUUGGGCGUCUCGAUCACGGAUCACAGCUGUCAACCGAAUGCGGUGGCCACAUUUGAGGGCAAUGAACUGCAUGUGCAUGCCAUUGAGGAUUUGCCAUGCUUGGAUUGGUCCAAGAUCUACAUAAGCUACAUUGAUCUAUUGAAUACGCCGGAGCAACGACGUGCGGAUCUCAAGGAUCAUUAUUACUUCCUGUGCGUGUGCAGCAAAUGCAUUGAUCCCCAGGAGACACGUCAGAUGAAUGCCGCCGCUUGUCCCAAUCCCAAUUGCAAUGCUAGUGUCAACUUUGAGCUGGACAAGUGCCAGGAUUGUGAUGCCCCAGUGACCACAGAGCUGCGAGAUGCUUACAAUGAGAUAAUGACACUCACACAGACCAGUUUGGACUCCAUGAAAGAGGUGGCUUAUUUGGACAUGUGCAAGAUUUGCUUGACUAAGCAGUCGGGUUUGCUGCAUCCCUUGAAUGUGUGGCAUGUGAAGACAUUGGAUGCGGCUUUUGAGGCUGCCAUCGAUGUGGGCAAAUGGUCGGAUGCACUGGAGUAUGGACAAAAGUUGUUGCCAGGCUUUGCCAAAUAUCAUGGCGAAUGGAAUCCUCUGUUGGGUUUGCUGCACCUGAAGCUGGGCAAGAUUCAACUGUACGAGCGUAGUUAUAAACAGGCCGUGCAUCAUUUGCAGGAGGCUCAACGCAUUUUAACGGUUACCCAUGGACGAGAUCAUCGACUGCUGUUGGAGCAACUGCGUCCACUCAUGCUGCAGGCCCGGCACGAGAUGACAUAGCAUUCAAAUAAUAUAGAACAUAACAUUUAGUUAGACGUGAAUUAAUUGUUUUUGUAUUUAAAUUAAAGGCAUAUAGACUAUAAAUUUGAUUCUGUUUAAACGAUCUGUGUUAUGGCCUUGGCACGUCGAUCUGUAUCCUGGAAGAGUGCACGGAUCAGAUGCUUGAUCUCACUGGACUGAUAGUUGGCUGUCAAGGGACCAGCACCAUCACACCACAGCUCGGUAAUCUCCUUAAGCGACGCAUUCAUCAUCAUCUUGAGCUGUUGCAAUUUCUGCCAGGAACGCACCUGAACCACCUCGUUGGGAUCGUGAAAGAGUAAUGGUGCCUUCUCCAGCACCACAUCGAUAAGAUCGCUCAACUCACUGGCCAUGGUUGCCGAUAUGUCUCGCAACUUGAAGACACGCGUCACCAGCUCAUUGAUAAACGGAUGCAACAGCUCACAGAAGCUGCUGUUGUAGACAUUCUCCGGCAGAACCUGUUGCCACACAUUCUUCAGCAGCUCCAGCUGACGCAGACACUGACGCACCAGCUUCAAUGGCGCCGUACCCAAUGUGUGUGGACUGUCGAACUCU